AUGUAUUUCACCAAGGCUAUCAGUCUUCUUGCUGCCAUUGGCACUCUUGCGUCUGCAGCUCCCACUUCCAUGAACGUCACUCACCUUAGCAACCUCCCCACCCACGGCUCUGCCAACACCAACGGCGGCAAUGAUGGUGGUAGCGUCAACAUCCACAACAACAUGAAAGAUACUAUCUACUAUUGGUCCGUCAGCCAAGAUGCCGGUUCUAUGAAGACCCUCGAUCCCGGUGCCAGCUACACUGAGAGCUGGCGCACCAACCCCGAUGGCGGUGGCAUCUCCAUCAAGAUGGCCAUGAAGCCUGAGCAAGUCGAUGUUCUCCAGUACGAAUAUACUUUGCAAGGAGACACUAUCUUCUGGGACCUUUCUCUCAUCGAUAUGGGUACCGGCUCUCAGUUCACCGAGGUCGGUUUCGCGGUUACUUCUAACGAUUCCGGCUGUCCUUCUGCUACUUGCGCCCCUGGUGACACUGCCUGUGCUGAUGCUUACCUCGUCUGGAACGAUGACCAUGCUACUCACGGCUGCCCUGCUCCGUCGAAGCAGCACGCUUAUUUGCCAAAUGAAGGUGCCAAGGUAGUCGUUGCUGAUAUUGAUCAGUGUAAACCUCACCCCUCCACCCAGAUUUUAUCCGGAUUUACAUGGGAUGAUGUUAUUCACAACGUUCGCCCCUUGGACCGACAGAUCACCGAUAAACAAUUGGAUAUCAUGCUCUCUGUAUACAACACAGCACCAUUCAAACUCAUUCGAGCUGCUGCGCCUUAUUUCUGCGAAAGAUACAAGAAACCUCGUGUCAUCAUCAACAUUAGUUCUACCAGCGGAACCCACGGCAACACCUUCACAAAAACAAUCGCCAAAGAAUGGGGUCCCCAAAUCACCGUUCGCGCAAACACAGUCGCAUGCGGCUACAUUACCACACACCUCAUGACCGCAACUAGCUGCGAAUGGCACAAAAGUUGCUUUAGGAAUUUCGGUACGGAAACUAUCAUCGUCUGCCCAACGGACAGCAGCGAAAGCUUAUACUGA